AUGAGGAAGAACAAGAACAAGAACAAGAGGGAGACCAAGAAUGGAAGAAGAAGAAGAGAAGAUGAGGAAGAAGAAGAAGACGAAGAAGAGGAAGAAGAUUAUGAGGAAGAAGAAGAGAAGAUGAGGAAGAACAAGAAGACGAAGAAGAGGGAGACCAAGAAUGGAAGAAGAAGAAGAGAAGAUGAGGAAGAAGAAGAAGACGAAGAAGAGGAAGAAGAUUAUGAGGAAGAAGAAGAGAAGAUGAGGAAGAAGAAGAAAAAGAAGAACAGAAGAGAAGAUGAGGAAGAACAAGAAGACGAAGAAAAAGAGAAGACGAGAAAGAACAAGAACAAGAACAAGAGGAAGACGAAGAAAGGAAGAAGAAGAAGAGAAGAUGAGGAAGAAGAAGAAGAAGAAGAAGAGGAAGAAGAUUAUGAGGAAGAAGAAGCGAAGAAGAUGAGAAAGAAGAAAAAAAAAAGAACACGAGGAGAAGAUAAGGAAGAAGAAGAAGAAGUAGAAGAAGAAGAAGAAGAAGAAGAUGAGGAAGAAAAGGAGGCAGAUUAA